AUGUACGUUUUGCUACUUCAAUUAGUGAUUCUAGUUUAUGGAUAUCCAAUUUUAGAAAAUGGUUAGUUACUAAUUGGAGCUGAAGGUAUAGCUUGUGAAAAAGACACAAUUACUCAUAUCAAAUUCUUAAAUGUUUACAAAGUUUAUGUUCCAUAAGUAAUCUUCGUUUUGAGUAAUUACACCAAUGAAAUGCAGUUCUCUGAUUUUGCUUUAGACAUACAUGUUGAGCUCAUGAAAGUUAACACAACAGGUAAUAUAAAUUCAAGAUCUAAAUAGGAUUCACAAUUUAAGUAGUUUGUUCAAAAAGCUGCACUAAGUCAGUACUUUAUACUUGGUAUGCUUUUGGAGGAGAUACUUAUGAUUCUGGAUGUUUUCCAUUGUAAGAAAGAGCUUAAGUAACUUUGGAACAAAUUUACACAUCUCCAAUGUAACAUUCAGUAUUUAUUUCUGGGUUUGCUGGUUUUUUUAAAUAUGGUGGCAAGAAACCUAUGCUAAAAUUAUACUCUUCUUUUGAUAAUUAAAAUCUAACGAUACAAGUUGAAUCUACUUUUUAAUAUGUGUAUAUCUGCUAUAUAUUAGCUUAAGACAUGAGUUCAACUACACUUAAUGAUACAGAAGUAGCAAGUAUAUUUAAUUGAAAUAUUCAAAAGCUCUGGUUUAAAAGGGAACAUAUUUAGAUGAUACACUAAUUUUGGGAAUGGAAUCUUUCUAAUUAUUCGGCAAUAAUCUUUAAAUAUAAAUGUUGAAUGACAAAUCCUUCUUUCCUAAAUAAAUUGAAUUAACUGUCAAGGUUGCAAAACUUUAUGAACCAACUUAUAGAAUGUGUCCUAAGGUUUAUACAGAAUGUAUGUUUCAAGGAGAUCCUAUUUAUGUUUGCGAUGAUACUGUUAAAUUAACUAAUAUUUGGAAAGAAUUCAAAAGUUUAAGAGUGUAUGAUUAAAAAAUGAAAUUCAAAUUAAAUAUAGUUAGUAAUGAUAACAUAUUGGUAAUUUUCUAUUUUUAAUUUUCUUUAGUGGCUUUCUGAAGAUAUUGAUUGUAGUUAUGAUAUGUAUGAUUAAUUAAUGGAAUUCAAAAUAAAAAACUAACCAAUUGAGAGAUAAAUAAUUAGAAAAAGAAAAAUGCUAGGAAUGCUUUAUGAUGAAUAAACUGAAGAUGAUUAAGAAUACUCUGAAGAUACUAUUUUAAUAGGUUAAUCAUGA